GGGGCUUCCUGCCGCGCGCGGCCACGCCCCCUGGGCUCCCUGCGCUGGCCAUGGCGGCGCUGGUCUGGGGACGCUGCUUCCCUCGGGCGUGGCUCUGCAGGCGGGCCGGGCCGGGCUGCGGCCGGCACUACCGCGCCGCGCUCUGCGCCGAGUUGCAGCAGCCCCUGACCAUUGAGGAGGUCGCCCCCCGCCCUGUCGGGCCUCACGAGGUCAGAGUUGAUGUUCAUUUCUGUGGAGUUAACUUUGCUGAUAUUUUGGUGUGCCGUGGUCAGUAUCAGAAAAGGCCCCAACUUCCCUUCACACCUGGCAUGGAGUUUUCUGGGACAGUAUUGGAGACAGGCACAGAUGUCAGCACAGUGAAAGAGGGAGAUCGAGUUCUUGGCGUGAGUGGCUCCCAUGGCAUGGCUGAAGAAUGCAUCACUGACCAGAAGGCACUGUGGCAGAUUCCAGAAAAGAUCCCUCUCCAAGAAGCUGCCGUCCUGCCCGUAUCUUAUGGCACUGCUAUUUUGGCCCUGGAACAUCGGGCCCAUACCCAGCCUGGAGAAACUGUUUUAGUGACGGCAGCAGCUGGAGCCACAGGCCUUGCAGUGAUAGACGUGGCCACAAAUGUUCUUCAGGCCAAGGUAAUAGCUGCAGCUGGAAGUGAUGAGAAGUGCAAGCUGGCUGUGCAGAGGGGCGCGCAGUCCAGCGUGAACUACAGUCAGAAUAGCUUGAAGGAGGCAGUGAGGAAACUGGUGGGCAGUGGCGGGGUGAACGUGGUCAUCGACACCGUGGGAGGAGAUAUCUUCCUAGAGGCUCUAGGCAGCCUGGCAUGGGAGGGCAGGAUUGUGGUGGUAGGUUUUGCUGGAGGAACCAUUGCUUCUGUGCCUACUAACCUCCUGCUCCUGAAGAAUGUCUCUGCUGUGGGACUGUACUUUGGCCAAUACCAGGUCCAGAACUUUCCCAUCUUCUCCAGGAGCCUGUCCUCAGCUCUUCAGUACUGCCAGCAAGGGCGCAUCCAGCCACACGUUGGAGCAGUUUUUAAGCUGGAGGAGGUCAAUGAUGCCUUCCUUCAUGUGAUGCAGCGGAAAUCCACGGGCAAGGUGCUUCUCUCCCUUAAGUAAAUCCUCACUUCAGCAGCAGACUCGUCAUCUUUCCAAAAAACUUGAUUUCCCUCCUGUUUGUCUGAAAGUGUUACCACCUUCCUUAUUAAUCCAGGUUCAGAAUCUUUUUAGAGUCACCUUUGAUUCUGUUUUCUUACUCCUCAUAAUUAGUGUGAUGAUAACCUUUAUUGCCCGAACUUGGACCCAUCUGAGAGUGAAAGGAUGCUGUUAGUAAUUACACCAGGAAAAUAGGUGUCCCAGGCAAGACAGGAUGUAUGGUCACCCUAUUUGAAUUUCAUCUCCACAUCUUCUUUUCCAUUCUGACUGUGUCUCAUCUGCUAACUCCAGUGACCUCCUAACUGACUUUCCUACCUUUAAACAACCUCCACCUCCUUCAUCCUUGGUGUACAUUAUGGCUGUGGUGACCUCAAAGGAUAAGUGUGAUUAUGUCUCUCUCAGAAAACCUGCAAUGGCUCACCAUUGUCCACACGGUAGAGUUGAGACUGUCUGAGCUGGCAGUUUGUCAUGACCUUGAUUUUGCCCUUCUGUUUUCCAUCCUUGAGUCCCACUGGUCCCUCGGUGCGCACAUUCAUCUCCCACCUCCCCAAUGCGGCUCUGCUCAGGUGGUUUCCUCUACUCCCUUAUCUCCAGCAUAAGCCUUCCUGGCCUCCAAGACACGCCUCGGCCAUGAUCCUUUACCCCCAGCAAGGCUGUCAUCUCUUCUACCUUCCAGUAGCUUCUCCCCCAGAAUUUGUCACAUUUGCCUUGCUCCAAAGGGAGCAGCAUGUCUUCUGGGAUGAACACAGGAUUCUGAAUCCAAGAUGUGGGUUUGAAUCCCAGUCUCAGGACUUUGAAGGUGGUUACAUAAGGUCUCUGAGCCUGCAUUUUUUCACUGUAAAGUGAAUAUUACCAUAUCUACCUCGCAGUUGGUUGACAGCAAUACAUGCAGUGAUUGGGCAAAUCCCCCCAUGUGGUAAGCGAUUAGCAAAUGCUAGUUACUUUUACACUCUCUCCUUUCCUAAUGCAGCGUAAGUUCCUUGAUAGCAGGUACCAUGACUGAUCCACUUUUGUACUUCCCACAGUACCUAGCACAAUGAGUCACCCUUGGUAAAUGCUCAAUUAAUUGAAUUAAAUUUGAAUUAUCUGCAAGUCUUAAAUUGUGGGAUUAAGUUAAUAUGUUUCCUUGGCACAAUAUAAGUAGGUCACAGGGAAGGCAGUACAGCACAGAGAA